AUGGCGGCGUCCACAUACGAGUCUCGCGACUCUAUCCAGGAUGUCUUCGGCGACCGAACACCGUACAAGCAUGAGUGGCCGACGCGAUUUGAUAUGCGCGUCUUAGACACGCCGGAUAAAUGGGUACAAAGUGCAUGUGUGCUGUGCAGUAAUGGUUGCGGGCUGGAUAUUGGGGUCAAGGAUGGCCGUGUGGUGGGUGUGCGCGGUCGCGCGACCGAUCGGGUGAAUAAAGGACGUCUGGGUCCGAAGGGUUUGCACGGCUGGGAAUCCAUCUACCAUCCGGAUAGACUGAAGCACCCACUCAUCCGGCGCAAUGGCAAGCUCGAGCGGGCGUCGUGGGACGAAGCGAUGUCGCUGAUUGUCGACAAGGCGAAGGAGAUACGAGGGCGUUUGACCAACCAUGGCAUUGGGUUCUAUACCUCUGGUCAACUGUUCUUGGAGGAAUAUUAUGUCCUAGCGAUGAUCGGCAAGGCCGGGUUGAAUACUCUCCAUAUGGAUGGCAACACCCGUUUGUGUACGGCCACUGCGGCGGCUAGCAUGCGCGAGUCCUUUGGUAGUGACGGUCAACCGGGAUCUUAUGGAGAUAUUGACUAUACCGAAUGUCUGUUUAUGGUCGGCCAUAACGUGGCAAAUACACAGACGGUCUUAUGGUCUCGAAUACUAGAUCGCCUCGACGGGGCGUCUCCUCCGAAACUCAUCGUGGUUGAUCCGCGACGGUCGGAAACGGCGAAGAAAGCUACUAUUCACUUGGCACCCAAGAUUGGAACUAAUGUGGCACUGCUUAAUGGUUUACAGCAUCUGUUGUUCAAGAAUGGCUGGGUUAACGAGGAAUUUGUCUCGCAGCACGUGGUGGGAUUGCAGCAGCUUGAGGCUGUAGUCAAGGAAUACACCCCGGAGUAUGUGAUGCAAAUUACCGGCGUACCUACGACAUUGUUAGAAGAGGCAGCUAGGAUAAUGGGAACUAGCAGUAGCCUGUUAUCAACUGCUCUGCAAGGGGUUUAUCAAUCUAACCAAGCUACGGCAGCUGCCUGUCAGAUCAACAAUAUCAAUCUGCUGCUUGGACACAUUGGGAAGCCUGGAAGCGGUAUCCUCCAGAUGAACGGCCAACCCACUGCUCAAAAUAACCGGGAGGCCGGAUGUGACGGUGAAUAUCCAGGGUUUCGAAAUUUUCAAAACCAGAAGCAUAUGCAGGAGAUCGCGGAUCACUGGGACAUUGACUUGAUUCAUAUGCCACACUGGAAUCAACCCACACAUAUUCAAAAUAUGCUGAAUUACAUCGAGAACGGCUCGAUCGAGAUGUUUUGGGUAUCGGGCACGAAUCCACUGGUCAGCCUACCCAAUCUACAUCGUGUCCGAAACCUGUUUACCAAACCAGACCUCUUCCUUGUCGUACAGGAUAUCUUCCCUACCGAGACAACAGCUGUGGCAGAUGUGGUGCUGCCAGCAGCUCAGUGGGCAGAGAAAACUGGAUGUUUCACCAACGCUGACCGAACCAUGCAUCUCUCGCAGAAGGCCGUCGAGCCACCAGGAGAAGCUAAGGCUGACCUGGACAUCUUCUUGGAUUUCGGGCGGCGGAUGGACUUUAAGAACAAACAUGGAGGGCCCCUGAUCCCUUAUACCACACCGGAAGAAGUCUUCGAUGCAUGGAAAGGGAUGUCAUACGGCCGUCCCUGUGACUGCAGCGAGCUCACGUACGAGAAGCUCACCGGCGGAUCUGGCAUUCAAUGGCCUUGUACUACGGAGUAUCCGAACGGCAAAGAGCGCCUGUUCACUGAUGGCAAAUUCUUCACUGAUCCAGACUACUGCGAAGACUUCGGGCAUGAUCUCGAGACUGGAGCGCCAUAUACUCGAGCACAAUAUCAAGCCAUGAACCCCGCAGGACGAGCCAUCCUCAAAGCUGCUCACCACAAGGCGCCCCUUGAAGCCCCUGAUGAUCAAUUUCCCGUGCUACUUUCGACCGGUCGAAACGUUUUUCACUUCCAUACACGGACCAAAACAGGAAGGGCCAGGCGGCUCCAGCAAGCCGAUCCACAGCCAUUUGUUCGCAUAUCUGAAGUGGAUGCGAAAGAUCUCUAUCUCACGGAGGGAGAAAUGGUUGUAGUGAGAUCCCGUCGUGGUAGUGUAGAGCUCCCAGUGAGAAUUGGUGAGAUUAACGAAGGACAUGUUUUUAUCCCGUUCCACUUUGGUUACUUUGAUUCAAAGGACCCGCGAGCGCGAGCCGCAAAUGAGCUUACGGUUGACGAAUGGGACCCUGUUUCCAAACAGCCAAUGUUUAAGUCUGGUGCGGUUCGAAUCGAGAAGUGCAUUCAGAAAGAGGGUGGAAAAGAAACUCACUCCAAGGAAGAACAGACUGCAGCCAUCAGAAGUGUUGAACAGAAGAAGGGACAAGGAGAGAUGUCGGUCGCAAAUACGUCCAACAGCCAGGGUAGCGCCGAUGAGCGUAUCCGACGACUAGAACUUUGGCUGGGUGCCACACACCAGGCUCUGGAAGUCCUCAACGACAUUUACAAGGAUCUGAUUCCGUGCCUAGUACAUGACCUGGAGGUAUACUCAGGGCUUGAGGUUAUGCGUCGAAUAAAUCUGGACAUUCUGCGCAAGCUCAACCCAAUAAUCUUGAGAUACCAUGAGAGUCGCCAGUACGGCCGGAAGGUUGCUACAAGCCUUAAAGAUAGUCUUUUCCCUAAUGUCGAAGAAGGGAGCGACGCAUACGAGGCAAUGGUCGCAUUGCAGGCCCUAGACGUCUUCCUUACAUACAUUGAAGGGCACCUAACUGCACUUUCGCCGGCAAGUCAGGCGUUGUGGGAUGUUGAGUUUGUUGAUGCUGUGAAGUUCGCUCAAAAUGGCAUUCAACGACAAAAAGUGUGGGUCACCCAGCAUAUCAAGGUCAAAAGCCCCCAGACUUUACUCGUUCCAGUGGCAGCACCGGGCGAACUGCAUUCCGAUGAGUCGACUUUGUCCGGGUAUCUACGCUGCUGA